AUGUUUCCUUUCGACCAAGCUUCCCUCCCUCAAAUAACAACCCGCAAAGCCCUUAUUGGUGUGGAUUUUCAGCAUGACUUCAUAUCCAAGGAUGGAGCUUUACCUGUCCACGAGCCGGAGGACUUUGUGGACCAGACUAUCAAGCUGGCCCAGGCAUUUCGAGGAGUCGGUGACGUUGUGUGGGUUCAGUCACAAUUUAGUGAGACCCGACCUGUGCUUGAAGAACAAAUCCUUGUAAGCGACAUCGCGCCCAAAACACCACGAGCUUCUAAGAGAGGCCGACCAAACAUCCCGGUUCAGCCAAUCGACGCCGAUGGCCCGCCAGAUGAAGAGGCAUUCCUGAGCCAUGAGGUUGCUACAUGUGUCAAGGCGGACACGCCUGGCUGCCGGAUAGCUUCAGCCAUAGAAGACUCGUUGCCUAAAACAGACACAAGGUUGACCAAAUCUCACUAUUCAGCCUUCCAGUCAACCCACCUGUUGCGCAUACUGCGUGCUAAGAUGGUCAUGGAGCUCUUCAUUUGUGGAUCACUCACCAACAUUGGUGUAUAUGCCACAGCUCUUGAUGCCGCAGGCCAUGGAAUGGCAAUCACCAUCGUCGACGACUGUUGUGGUUACCGAUCAGAGGCUAGAAAGACUUCGGCAAUAGCCUCUCUGAUAGAACUGACUGGAUGCGAAAUUGCUUCGUAUGACGAGGUCAUGGAGGUGAUACAACCCAAGCCCAAGCCCCCCAAGUCAAGAAAGCCCCCGUCUUCGUCCAAGGUCCAGGAACAAUCCCAGACUGCAAAGUCAGAUCUUUCAAAAGCCGAAGGCCGCGAGAAGAGUACUACCCCGGAUUUUGUUAAGGACAUGACAAGUCUUCGACUGGCUUCAAAUCCCCCAAGCCCCGCAUCAACACCGACUCAGCCCCAGCCAAAGGCGUUGUCGACAAGUGCAGCUGAACACCAUGAGUCAGAGGUCAGCCCGGAAUCGAAGGCUACAGAAUCAAAUGGUGUUAAUCAGAUCAAAUCUACUGGGGCACCCAAUGGCAUACAUGAGUCGAACAAGGCCAAGGAUUCCCCUAUUAAAGCCGGACCAGAUUCAGCAUUAUUGGAUCAUACUUCUAAAGACCACGAAGAAAGCACAGUCAUAGAUUCCCAACACAAUGCCACGCAAAGUCCAGACCAAGUCAUAGAGCCAUCGUCUCCAGCCGAGACAAGCCAGAAAGAAGAACAGUCCAUCGCAUCACCUCCGGCUCAACCGACCAGCAAGCACGAAGCACAGACAAUGAAAGCACAACCAGACAAGACACAGGAAAUACCCGAGAUGAACAGACCAGCGGCUAAACAUGAUGCCAACCUUCAACAGGAAGGCCUUUGCGAAGGAGAUACCGACAUCAUUGAGGAUGUUCUUCCUGAGCCGUUACUUGAGGGCAUCUUCGAUAAGUUGCGCGAGGAGGUUCAGUGGCAGCGCAUGUCUCACCAGGGUGGGCAAGUUCCACGACUUGUUGCUGUUCAGGGCGAGAUCGGACCAGACGGGAGCAUCCCAGUCUACCGUCAUCCAUCUGACGAAUCUCCUCCACUGCUGUCAUUCUCUCCUACGGUACUGGCUAUAAAAAACGAGACCGAGAAACGGCUGGGUCAUUCUCUGAACCAUGUGCUGAUCCAGUACUACCGAGAUGGGAAUGACUACAUCUCCGAGCACAGUGACAAGACCCUGGAUAUCGUCAAAGGUUCUUAUAUCGCCAACGUGAGCCUCGGUGCUGAACGAAUUAUGACUUUCAGAACAAAGAGAAGGGAUAAAGACUCUUCACAGGAGGAUGUCAGCUCUCCAACAACCUCGAAAAGAGUGAUACAACGUGCCAGGCUCCCACACAAUUCUCUAUGCCGACUAGGCUUGAAGAGUAAUAUGAGGUGGCUACAUGCCAUCCGUCAGGACAAGCGUUCAAAGAAGGAAAAAUCCACGGCUGAACUUGCAUACGAAGGAGGGCGAAUCUCUCUAACCUUCAGGCAGAUAGGGACGUUCCUGAAUGGCGGAGAGACUCUUAUAUGGGGCCAAGGUGCCAAGGCCAAGUCCCCCGAGGAUGCUCACGCAGUCAUUAACGGACAGUCUACCGAGGCAAUUGAGCUGCUGAAGGCUUUUGGGACAGAGAAUCACUCAAGCGAAUUCGAUUGGGACGCACAUUAUGGGAAAGGGUUCGAUGUGCUGCAUAUGAGCAACGCACCUCGCCUCUUUACAUGCAGUGACCCAACUAUCAAUAUGCGCAUUGCUCUCAUGCUGGCGGAGUUUGGCGUGAACUACGCAAAGGGAAGCAUUACGACUGGAUCUGCUGCUACAGACUCUGAGAAUCUGUCAGUCAAAUUCGUGGACAAGGACAAAUCCACUGUUCAAGGUGAUAUGGCUGUCAUGUCGUACAUUGAUGCCCGCUAUGGGCUUGGGAGACCUGGCAGCACCCCACAAACACCGAAGGAGUUGGCCAUUCGGCUCACUCGUUUCCAGCGAGCCUUGGCUCUUUUGGAUAUCUGGAAAACCCUUCCGAAGGAAACUCAGAGCGGUAAACGAGACACGAAGUCUCUUAAACAGGAGCUUGAAGUUUGGGACGGGUUCCUCGCUGAGGAUAAUGCACCUUACAUCGCUGGCGUGGAACUGGCUCUGCCCGACUUCGCCUUCUGGCCAGUUUUGCACGACAUGGUGGAAGAAACAGGAGUAGAGACUCUCCGGGAUCAGAAAAGACUAAGUGAAUACUAUGAGAAGGUUGGCGAGAGGCCUAGCUUCAAGAAGGUGCUUGGCAAGCAUCCGCCGCAGCAGUCAUAG